AUGUCUCUGUCUUCGAGAACCAUAUCUGUGGUUUUGUGUUUUCUGUUCGUGCUGGCUCCAUGCUUUACUAGCGCAACAACAACCGAUGUUGUUCAGUCAAGAUGCGAUUCUCACAACUUCAACAACGGCAAACACUUUCGUUCUUGCAUCGACCUUCCGGUGUUAGACUCGUUUCUACACUUCAGUUAUGUCCGUGAAACCGGAGUCCUUGAAGUCGCGUACCGCCACACCAACAUCGAGUCUUCUAGUUGGAUCGCUUGGGGCAUAAACCCGACGGGCAAAGGCAUGUUAGGCGCUCAAACUCUCUUGGUUUACCGUAACUCCACUUCCGGUUCUAUGCGCGCCUAUACUUCCUCAAUCAAGAGCUACUCAACUAUGCUUCAAGAAGGUCCUCUCAGCUUCCGUGUCACGCAGUUAUCCGCCGAAUAUCUCAACGGAGAGAUGACUAUCUUCGCCACCAUAGUGUUACCUUCUAACACGACCGUUGUGAAUGAAACUUGGAGAAAAUGGCAUUCAUUAUUUCAUUGCAUUAGAAUGAAACUUGGAGAAAAUGGCAUCAAGCAAUUAUAA